AGCAAAGGUAACAGAAAAUAGCAGAAUAGUAGCUAAUCCAAAUCAGUUACCUACCUACAUACACAAAAACAGUACACAACAAUCUAAAUUACACUUCAUUAAUUUACAGUAAAUGAUUUUUAAUUAAUAUCUAAGAAGGACUUAAUUAAUAAUAAAAGGCAGUAGGGCUACCACCUAAUGAAAGGCAGUAGGGCUACCACCUAAUGAAAGGUAGUAGGGCUGCCACCUAAUGAAAGGCACCAGGAUCUCCUGCUGACUAUCACAAUGAAAGACAGUAGGAAGUGGAUGACCAGUUUCCCACCAUGCACUACAGCUCCGGAGCCCCGGUUUAUAACCCACACGCUACAUGGGUGAACUGCAACAAGUCAAAAACGGAGGAAGGGGAUCUUUUAGCCUCGAUCCAAGGCCGCACUGAAGAUGAAUGAGGAUGUGGUACGGAUCAUCAUAAUAAUUAUGCAUAAUUAUUAUGCAUAUCCACUGGAUAGACUUCGCAGUUUUGAAAUUGAUCAUCUUUACCUAUUAAUUUUAAAUGAGUGAUUUUUAUCCAUGGCUACUCUGAGAGACAGGGGAGUGCCUAAGAACAAUCUUCAAGAGCAUUUGGCCCGCUACAAGUCUACCAACAGGGAGAGCUCAAGUUCCAUAGCAACCUCACAACCUGAAAGAAAGAAAUCGUUUACGUUCCACAAAGUGACUGCUCCAUCAUCAGGUUCCUUAACGACAGGGUUCACCCCACCAUUCAAGCCCAAUGGCGGACACACCAAACCUACACAGUCCAUCCCAAAUACUGUUCCAAGCUUCCAAGGAAGGCAACAGUUGCCACCAAAUCAGCGAAGAACAAGCCUCACAUUUAACACCAGUCAAGCAUCAUGCGAAUCUACCCCACACAAUCAGAAACCAUCCAUACGCGUAACUAGCUUCUUCAACUCCGAUGCCAAUUCCUCAUCUUCAUUAUCACAUACAGCUGGCAAUUAUCAAGAGCAACGGAAAAACCCGUUAGUUGCCAAGGUGGCUCCUGUAUCAUCCCAACCAUGCACACUCAAAGGAACAUCAUCUAUUGGAGCGGAAACAACAGUUCAUAAGAACUAUUCCAAUAGUAUGACGUCAAGGCCGAGUUAUAGUCCAGUGUGUAUGAAACCACCCGGCUCCAGCCUGUUAGGGUCCACCCCACACAUCGGCCUCACACCCUCACAGCCUCACACACUCACACCCUCACAGCCUCACACACACCUAACAUCUCCCAUCGCACAUCAGGCGGGCUUGGCGGAGGUGCACAGAGAGCUGUACAGUCUGAUGAAUGACGUGUGUGAUCUCCUCUCCGAUGUACCACCUGCUACCGUCUCCUCUCUCCUGGGAACAGCUGCUGCACAUAUUCAGAGAAAACUAGCCAAGAGGAAACUGCUCCAAGCUCAAGAGCAGGAGCUACAACAGCAACAGUCCUCUUCUCCGCUAACGGCCUCCACAAUUUCCCAAUCAUCGAUCGCCCAAUCCUGUUCCUCUGUGACCUCUCCAUUUCCCCGGCAACUGCCCGCCUCACUCAGCCCUUACAAGCCUCCCACACACCAAGCAUCGUAUGGCAUGGAGUCUUCGCUUGAAUCAGACGCUGCGUUUACAGUUGAUGUUGGAAGUCGGAUGACUACAAGGGAGAGUUUCGAUGACGAUUUUGACUGCUUGAUUGGAGAUGAUUUCGAUGAGUGGGAUGACAUGGAGAGUGAUGAAGUAGCCACUGCUGGACGACCACCCUCUGUUACACAAUCUAUUGCCACCACAAGACCUACACCACAGCGACCACCUCCUAGAAGUUUUUUGGGUGGUGGUAGUAGUGUGGCCUGCGGGACUAGUGGACCCAGCAAGCAGCUGGAGAGGAGAAAGGAGGCCACACCCACGGACAACGCUCACGAGUUCAGGGGGCAGUACCCUCACACACAGAACAUGUUCAAGAUCUUCAAACAGAUAUUUGGCCUAAAGCAGUUUCGUCUGAAUCAGCUAGAGGCAGUCAAUGCAGUCAUUUUGAACAAGGACUGUUUCAUUCUCAUGCCAACAGGCGGGGGUAAGAGCCUCUGCUACCAGCUGCCAGCUCUCGUGUCCCCCGGAGUCACUGUCGUCGUCUCCCCUCUGCGCUCACUCAUACAAGACCAAGUGCAGAAACUAUGUAGCUUAGAGGUUCCAGCACGCUGUUUGUCGAGUGACAUCACCAAGAGUGAGGAGAACGAGGUCUACUCGUCCCUGUCCCUCCGUACCCCCACCAUCAAACUCCUGUACCUCACUCCAGAGAAGCUUGGAGCUAGCAUGAAGCUGCAGUCCACACUGAGAGCACUGCACAACAGAAACAUGCUAUCCAGGUUUGUGAUAGACGAGGCCCACUGUAUCAGUUCGUGGGGGCACGACUUCAGGCCAGACUACAAGCGAUUGUGUGAGCUGCGUCAGAAGUAUCCCGGUGUGCCCAUUGUGGCCCUCACUGCUACGGCCACUCCUCGAGUGAGAGCUGACGUACUCCAUCAGCUCAACAUCACCUCCUCCUGCAAAUGGUUCACGCAGAGCUUCAAUCGUAUCAACCUCCAGUAUUCCAUAGUGCCCAAGAAGCCCAAGAGAGCUGUACAGGAUAUUGUAGACCUUGUCAAGACCUCCUUUAAGGACCAGUCUGGGAUCAUCUAUUGUCUGUCGAGGAAGGACUGUGAUAAAAUGGCGGACGAGCUGUGCAAUGCAAACGUUGCUGCCCUGAGUUACCACGCUGGCCUGGGGGACUCGGAGAGGUCAAUGGCGCAGCAGAGAUGGGUACAGGAGGACCAAUGCAAGGUGGUGUGUGCUACUAUUGCCUUCGGUAUGGGCAUUGACAAGCCUGAUGUUCGCUUCGUGAUCCACCAUUCUCUGCCCAAGUCAGUGGAGGGCUACUAUCAGGAGGCUGGUAGAGCUGGGAGGGAUGGACUGCCUGCCCGUUGCAUUCUCUUCUACAACUAUUCCGACAUGACACGACUUCGCAGGAUGAUCCAGCUGGAAAAACUUCGACGCGAACAGGAGAGAGUACACUUGGAUAACCUCUACCGUAUGGUGCAAUAUUGCGAGAAUGAGACUGACUGCAGACGGGCGCAACUAUUGCAAUAUUUUGCCGAGACGUUUGAUUCUUCGCUGUGUCAAAACAGUACCACACCGUGCGACAACUGCCAGUCUCAGACACCCUACAGGAAAGAAGACGUGACGGAGCUUGUUCGAGUUAUCGUGCAAAGUGUUCAGCAAGUUACAAGAGACCAGUACACUCUUAUCCAAUAUGCCUGUGCUUUGAAAGGUUCUGUGUCCAACAAAGUAAUUUCUAGUGUUCUCAGCUCUCUGCCACUUUAUCGAAGGGGCGAAAAAUGGUCCAAACAUGAUUUGGAACGAUUGCUUCACAUGUUAGUUUUGAACGACAUACUUUGUGAGAAUCUUACGAUUGGUGCUCAUGACAACGUGGUGAGCUACGUCAAGCUUGGCUCUAAAGCAUACGAUGUCUUGAGUGGAAAAAUCACCGGCAUCAUAAUGAAUAUCAAGGGCAAAGCAUCAAAGGGAGGCAAUAAAGGAGGAGUAGACAAAGGACAAACUAAAGAAGAGCAAUUAAAAACCGAAUGCUACAGCGUAUUACAACGUCAGAGAACUAUCACUGCGUCUCGAUUGAUGCUCAAGAAUCCGGAGACUCUAGUGUCCAGUUUGGCCCUUCAAGAGAUGUCUCAGAACCUUCCCACAGACAAAGACGGAAUGAUGGCCGUGAAUGGAGUCACAGAGAGCAACUGGAAGAGAAUGAACGGAGAACUGUUUCUCGAAAUAACGUGUGAAUAUGCUGCAAAGAUUGCCAGUGUUCAGAGUGAAGCAAGCAAGGGGAAAUCACCUUAUUUUGAAAGCGAGAACACGCCCCCUAAUGCUCCUUCAGUCGGUCGAGGGAAACGGAAGAGAGAUGCACCACCAAAGAACUCGAGCAAGAAAGCCAAGAUGAAGCAGAGUGUUCUAAUGCCAGCUGCUACUGUUGCUGAUAUUGUAACUGAUGAAGACGCUUUUGAGCAACCCCCUAGCUCAUUUUUAAGUGCUCGUAAACCUGGUCUGAUGCCACCACCUAAACCAAAACCAAAACGAACAUAAUUAUAGAUUAGAUAGCUUUCACCAUCUGACUAUGUCUAUCAUCAUCCCUUAGCUUUAUUUCAUUCUUUACAUUACAUUAUUUCUUUAAUUCGCUGUUCUCAACGUUUAUCAUGCUCGUAAUAAUUAUGUAAUACUAAAUUUCAUACAAUU